AGAUGGGUCAUGAAAUAAAGGCAAUUAGGGAGAGACUAAAUGUCAUUGCAAAAGAUAAGGAUGAUUUCCACUUUAUUCAAAGCUCGAUUGAGCCACAAAUCAUGAAUAGGGCCAGAGAAACUUAUUCUUUUGUACUGGAAGAUGAAAUUGUUGGGAGAGAGAAUGAUAAGAAAGAGAUUAUAAAAUGUCUUUUCAAUGACAAUGUUGUAGAGAAUAUUUCUAUCAUUCCAAUUGUUGGUAUUGGAGGAUUGGGCAAGACAACACUAGCUCAAUUGGUAUACAAUGAUGAAACUGUCAAAAAAUAUUUUGAGCUUAAACUUUGGAUUUGUGUCUCUGAUACCUUUGACGUACAACAAAUUGUUAAAGAAAUUUUAAAACAAUUAACAAAAGUGAAGCAUGAAGAAAGCCUACAGCUGUUGCAAAAUCAGCUUCGAGAAAAAAUUAAUGGGAAAAAAUACUUGCUUGUCUUGGAUGAUUUGUGGAAUGAGGAAAAUAAUAAAUGGCUUCUCUUGAGAAAUUUGCUCAUGGUUGGUGCAAGAGGAAGUAGAAUAAUAGUGACCACAUGCUCAGAAAGUGUAGCGAGGAUAAUAGGGGCAGUUUCAUGGCAUGCUCUAAGAGGCCUACCUGAAGAGAAGGCUUGGAGUUUGUUUGUAAAAAUGGCAUUUGAACAAGUUCAACUACCAGAGAACGAAGCCUUUAUAAGUUUGGGAAAGGAGAUUAUGGGGAAGUGUGCUGGGUACCUCUUGCCAUAAGGACUAUAGCAAGCUUGCUACGCACCAAAGCUUCU